AUGGACAAGUCGCGCGAUGAGGUCAAAAAACUACGUGAUGAAGAUUUCGAUGAACUUAUGGCUGCAUGCGAUACGGCUAAAAAUGCUGUGAAAAAUGAUAAUUCGAUAUCUAAAGCAAUGGAACGAUUGAAAAUGGAUGACGAUACAUUGCCGAGUCCAACUGCUAUCACGGAUACAUCGAUUACUGCAACGCAAGACGAUAAUUCUACCACUUAUUCUGCUACGAAUACCACUAUCUCUAAUCUUCCUUCCAAUGCUACAUCCAAUCCUACAUCAAACAUCACAUCAAAUCCAAGUUCUAACCCUACAUCGAAUCCUAGACCCGAGAACAUUCCCAGAGCAUUGGAUAAAUUGGAUUCAUCUGUCGAAUCGGAUCCACUAACUGUUGUGGAAAAGGAUGAUAAUGGAUUUGUUUUCUACAAAUGCCGUUUUUGUGGGCUCACAUUCAAUUAUAUGAACACUCUUCGAGCUCAUGAAAGAGUUCACAACGUUUCACAGCCAUAUGUUUGCGGUAAAUGCGGUGAAUCCUACGAAUUUGCAUGUCAACUGGAAUAUCAUACAUUACAACAUAGCGAUAUGAAGGGAUACAAAUGUGAAUGCGGUCGUACAUUCUUUUCCUACACAGAAAUGUUGUAUCACAAACAUCCGGAAGAUAUCGAAAAAGAAAAGGAGGAGAAGGAAUUGUAUGGAUGUCCAAUUUUGGUCCAUCCAUCAACUAGCCGUGUUGCAUUGCUCCAGGAUAUGCCUACUCCAGCAUUCGUUGAACAAGGAUUUGAACCGAAACAUCCAAUGAAAGUCUACUCCGAUGUCCGUUCUAAGCCCUAUAUUUGUGAAUAUUGUUCGAAGAGUUACGCGGAUAGCCGUCAACUCGCCUAUCAUAUGUACAGUCAUAGAGGUGAACGUCAGUUUAAUCCACGUUCAUCACGUUACUUAAUGGGUCGUCAAGGAAUAGGUUAUACUGAUCGUAAAUCGUAUUUUCUUUUCCCCAUGACUAGUGGAUAUGUUCCUCCAACGUACUAA